UGUGAGCUCCUUGUGCAACAUUCUCACUCACGUUCCUCGCUUGUCCAUUCGUUCAAGUCUCUCUCUCGUGGCUCUCUUGGGUUGCUGUGGGUCUGAACGACGAUCGUUUUCGCUGGGAUCGCAUGGAUUCGGUUGCUGGAAUGGUUGGCCAGCGCCGUGAGAUCAGUUCUUUAAACGCUCGGGUGAAGAGUUGAAGUCCGUCCCGUACGUCGUGUUUUAGCUGAGGGUCCAAGCGCGCGCGAGAGGUUUUUUUCGGAAAAGUUUUGCGGUGUAGAGACCCUAGGAGUGGCGAGUGAGGAAGAGAAGAGAGGAACGAGAAGAAGUCAGUGCUGAAGCGCAUUAGAGGAGAGCUAGUUUUUCUUAAUGGAAUGAAAUAACACGGCGCGCGAGCGAGUUGAGGACCCCGUUGAGUUGGAGUUUUUGGUACGAUCUGAGGUGAAUGUGCGGGAACGGGAUCGCGAUAGAGAAUUACACAGCAGCGCGGCGGAGAGUGAAAGACAAGACUAGGGAUACAUUUUAAAUUAACACCGUGCGUUUAGGAGGUCUGUGUAUUUGAAGGGAGUUCGACUUUUCGCUCAGGAAUUUGGAGAUGUGAGGAAGAUGGCUGUGGGGUUAUUUGGCUGAGGAAAACUAAUCAAGAGGCCUAGGAACAAGUGCGUGGAAAGCUUUUGUGUGUUGUGCAGAAGGGUCUCUCAAGAUGAAUCUCAAUCAAUGGCGGAUGCUGCCACAAUAGUUUGAACCACUUUCCGAAGGUUCGAUCGUGGUUCACGAUCAACCAAUUCGCAACCAAUUCGAAAUUGCCCAAAGUGUGAAGUCUCGUCGUCAUCAGAAGAAUCAGAUGCCGACCAACGAGUAGUUGAGCCGUGCAGAAGAGGUCAGAGGAAACCCCGCAAGAGUUGGGAAGAAAAGGGAAAAAUCUUUUCAAGAAAGUUUGGAUGGUCGCGGACUUCAACACGUAUGAAGAAAUUUAUUUAUUUUCAUUUACAAUUACAAACGUGCGCGCGCGGUGUGUUCUUGUCCGACGGCCUCCCCGUAGUUUUCUUCUUGUCAUUAUUGGCAGCGUAAUCUUCGGCUGCUGCUACUUCAGCUUCUGCGCGGCGCAGGCCCUAGCAGCGAGGAUGGUUAUUUUUUCCUCCUUUUCAUGAGAAAUAUCUCAUUAUAUUGUUUUAUACAGCUUGGCGCGAGAGCUCUGCCCCCCCCCCGUGCGUGUGAGUGAGAGGGAUAGUAGACCAGAAGGCCAGAAGAAAAAGGAAACAAACAAAACCGAAGACCUGUGACGACUUGGAAAACGACUCGUCGACGAUGGAAGAAGAGAGCAGCCAGCAGCACCGCGAAAAGAGUGUGUGGAUGUAAUACAAAGUGAAAUACAAAAAUAUUUUUAUAAUAAAAUAAAGUCAAACGCGCUGACGACGGAGAAGAGCAUCAGGAAGAGCAAGGGAGAAAAAGUGCAGCGCGAAGAAACGCGGAGGAGAAAAGAGCAAGGAAAAAAGAAACCGGAGUCUGCGCGAGGAUAGAAGUAAGUGAGUGAGUGAGCAGGCGGCGAGGAGCCAAGCGAAAAAAAGUACGAGGAAGAAUUUUUUAAAAGAAAAUUUUUGUAGCUGCAAAUAGGAAUUUUAAUCACAAAUUUUUUCUUCGGGAUACGCGUUUUGAUUUUGCGUACAGAUGAUUAAAACAAAGUGAGAUUAAAAUUGGGCUGCGGAAUUUCGGCUGUUUGCGCAAGGAUUUGAGAAAGCUGUCGCCGUCGCUGCAAGGAAGAAAGUCUCGGUGAAGAUCUUCGUCGCUAAAACAGCAAAAAAAAAGGUGCCAGUGCCAGUGUCGAUUUUCGGCUUUGCCUGAUUCGUAGUGGUGAUUUUGCCUAGCAAGAAAAUAAAAGGUGGAAAAAGUGUUGAUGCGACGGCAAAAGCCCGAGAGCGAGUGAGUGGCCGACCAAUAGAGGAAGAAGAUAAUAAGGAAGUGAAGAUUUCAAUCGAGGCAGGCUGACGCUGCUGAUGAUGCUGAAAGGCUGAAUGCACAAAGCAUUUCAUUGGUGAAGUGGAUUCUAUUGUUCUUCGGUUUAUGGAACGCCGUCGCCACGCAACAAGCGGCGAGAAACAACAACAGUUGAAGCUGGGAAAAGCGGACUACAGCCGGCAGGAUUAAGGGAUUACUACUUACUGCUAUAGCUGUGAAUUAAGAUUCCCACCACCGAGUACUGUUUCGCCACAGCCAGUACAACGACGUCCCACGCCCGCCCCCCGAGAUGGAAUCCCCCAGGGCACAGCGCCAGUUGCUGUCGCAAAUCGCACACCCCUUCGCCCGCCGGUGAUGUUCACCGAAGCAGCGCCCAAUCUGCUGCUGCUGCAACUAGUCAAUCAUUGCAACAACCACCAUCAUCAUCACCAACACAUCCACCUACCACCGGCACCGCCCAAAAGAUGGCAGCGUGCUUUCGAUUCCGCCACCGGAAGAUGUCUCUGCUGUGGCUAUUACUGAUGAUAUGCGCCUUUGCCGGCGAUAGCGGCGGAGGAAGCGAAGGGGGAGGACGGUUGGGGUUCUUGAGGCUAGCGAGGGCCGAACACGUUCGGGAGCUGGAGGUUUCCGAGGGGGUUCCGAUCGGGCACCAGAUCGGGUUUAUCGGGGAGUUUCUGCACGGGGUGGAUAGUGGUCCGCCGUAUCUGAUCGUGCCGGUGCCGGGAAGUGCCGUUGAUACCGAUCUGGCGAUAGAUCAUACGACGGGGGAGAUCCGGACGAAGGUCUUGCUGGAUAGGGAGAAGCGGGCUUCCUAUUCGCUGGUGGCGAUUCCGUUGAGCGGAGAGAAUGUCCGAGUUGUGAUACGGGUGCUGGAUGAGAACGACAAUGCUCCCAGCUUUCCGACGGCACUGAUGAACAUCGAGUUCCCGGAGAAUACUCCACGGGAUGUGAAACGAACACUGAACCCGGCUCGGGAUUUGGAUUUGGGACGGUAUAAUACUCAGAGGUACAAUAUAGUGUCCGGGAAUGUGAACAACGCGUUUCGAUUGUCGUCGCAUCGGGAACGGGACGGUGUUUUGUAUCUGGACUUGCAGAUCAACGGAUUUCUGGACCGGGAGACCACACCAGCUUAUAGUCUCGUUGUAGAGGCACUGGACGGUGGAAACCCACCCCUGAGGGGACAGAUGACGGUCAAUAUUACGAUCCAAGAUGUGAACGACAACCAGCCGAUCUUUAACCAGAGUCGGUAUUUUGCCACCGUCCCGGAGAACGCCACGAUCGGAACUACAGUUCUGCAGGUCUAUGCUACGGAUCAGGACGCCGGGGAGAACGGAAUGGUUGAAUACGCGAUCAACCGAAGGCAAAGUGACAAGGAUCAGAUGUUCCGGAUCGAUCCCACCACGGGAUUGAUCUCGGUGAACAAACCGUUGGAUUUCGAAACGAAGGAACUUCAUGAGCUGGUCGUAGUGGCAAAGGAUCGUGGCUUGCAACCUCUGGAGACUACAGCUUUCGUGUCGAUACGAGUGACGGACGUGAACGAUAACCAACCGAUAAUAAAUGUGAUAUUUUUGAGUGAUGACGCGACUCCGAAGAUUUCGGAAUCGGCUCAACCCGGUGAAUUUGUCGCGAGGAUUUCAGUGAACGAUCCCGACUCGAAGACGGAAUACUCGAAUGUGAACGUAACACUUUCCGGUGGUGAAGGUCAUUUCGGGUUGACCACUAGAGAUAACAUAAUCUACUUGGUGAUCGUGUCGCUUCCGUUGGAUCGCGAGAUCAAACCGAAUUAUACGUUGAGUGUAGUGGCUACGGAUACGGGAAAUCCUCCGUUGCAUGCAGCGAAAACAAUCUUCCUCACCGUUACGGACAUCAACGACAACGCUCCGGAGUUCGAGAAGGAGAUCUACCAUGCGAAUGUGAUGGAAGUGGCCGAUCCGGGAACCUCGGUCAUCCAGGUGACCGCGAUCGACAAAGACGAGGGCAACAACUCCGCGAUCGCGUACUCCCUGCUGGACACGCCCGACACCCAUUCGCAGUGGUUCCAGAUCGAUUCCAACUCCGGCCUGAUAACGACCCGGGCGCACAUCGACUGCGAAACCGACCCGGUACCGCAGCUGAUCGUGGUGGCGAAAGAUAAUGGCUUCCCGCCGAUGUCCUCCACCGGGACCGUUCUGGUCACCAUCCACGACGUCAACGAUAACGAGCCGAUCUUCGAUCAGAGCUUCUACAACGUCUCCGUCGCCGAGAACGAACCCAAAGGACGCUGCAUUCUAAAGGUAUCCGCCACCGAUCCGGACUGCGGCGUCAAUGCGAUGGUAAAUUACACCCUCGGCGAGGGCUACAAGAAGAUCACCGAGUUCGAGAUCCGCUCGAGCACCGGCGAGGUGUGCAUCGCCGCCGAGCUCGAUUACGAGACGCGCAAUUCAUACGAGUUUCCAAUCAUCGCCACCGAUCGGGGUGGUCUCAGCACAACGGCCAUGGUCAAAAUACAGCUAACCGAUGUCAACGAUAACCGUCCGACCUUCUACCCCCGAGAGUACAACGUUUCCCUGCGCGAGUCGAUGCCAACGAACUCACUGCUAUCGACACCGGUAGUGGUGAUCGUGGCAACCGAUUCCGACUCGGGUAGCUUCGGCACGAUCAGCUAUCGGAUCGUGGCCGGCAACGAAGCGGGUAUCUUCCGAAUGGAUCGACUAACCGGUGAGAUCUUCGUUGCCCGUCCCAACAUGCUGUCCAGCAGGAGUCAACCGUACCACCGGUUGAACAUUUCGGCCAGCGAUGGAGGAGGCUUGAGGUCGACACAUGACGCGGAGGUGUUCAUCAGCGUGAUCGACGCCACGCAACGGCCCCCGAUCUUCGAUAAGCCACGGUAUACGUACUACGUGAAGGAGGAUGUCAAGAAGAAUACAGUUGUGGGAACGGUGUCUGCCACUAGUAGUAAUUCAGGAAGCCGAGGUUCUAUCCGAUACUUUAUCUACUCGGGAGACCCCGAUGGGUACUUUGCCAUAGAUCCCGUGUCUGGAAACAUCCGCGUUGCAAGCACUCUGGAUCACGAAACGAAGCCUCAAGUUUUGCUCAACAUCCAAGCUACCAGUGGCGAUCCUCCUGCGUACGGACACACCCAGGUCAACAUCGACAUCGAAGACGUCAAUGAUAACCCUCCGGAGUUCGAAUCCAACACGGUUCGGAUAUCCGUCCCGGAAAAUGUUGAAAUAGGAUCCCCUCUGUACGCAGCCAACGCUCACGACAAGGACUCCGGAAUGAGUGGUGUGAUCACCUAUCGACUAAGCAACAACGGACCUGCUACGGGUAAUCUCUUCAGUAUUGAUAGUCGUAGCGGUCACUUGAGCUUGGCCCGUCCACUUGACUACGAAACUGUUCAACGGCACACGCUGAUCGUGACGGCUUCGGAUUCCGGGAUACCUUCGUUAUCCACCAAUCUCACUAUCUUGGUGGAAGUUCAGGACGUGAACGACAACGCCCCGGUCUUCGAACGUAGCGAAUAUACGAUCAAGGUAUCGGAAUCAACGCCCAGUAAUUCACAGAUCAUGCAGGUAACUGCAGUGGAUGCCGACACCGGAAACAACGCUCGUCUCACAUAUCGAAUUCUUGGUGACGAUCAGCGACCUCGAUCAGGCAAAUCCUCCUCUAAAUCUGCCGAAGCCAGCAAUUCGGAAAUCUUCGGCAUCUUCCCGAACAGUGGCUGGAUCUACCUGCGCACUAAGCUCGAUCGCGAAGACCAGGAACGAUACAACAUAACGGUGAUCGUGAGUGACAAUGGCGUCCCGACGUUGACCGCCACCACUCACGUGAUCGUCAGCGUUCUCGAUGCUAACGACAACAAUCCGAUCUUUGCCAAGCAGCUGUACGAGUUCCAAAUCGAGGAAAACAUGCGACGAGGAUCGGUCAUUGGAUUGAUCACGGCUACUGACGCGGAUGCCGGAAUCAACGCCGUCGUUCGGUACAGCUUGAUUCCGAGCAACACGAGCUUCCAAAUCAAUCCAAUAUCUGGUGAAAUCACAACGCGAGACAGGCUCGAUCGGGAAACGAAGUCCAUCUACGAUCUGGUCGUGGAGGCACGUGAUCAAGGAACGCCCUACCGUAGCUCACGCGUGUGCAUCAAAAUCAAGAUCCUGGACGUCAAUGACAACUCGCCGGAGAUCGUCGAUCCUCAGGAGGACGUGGUGAGUGUCCGUGAAGAGCAACCCAUUGGAACCGAAGUGGUACGCGUUCGAGCGAUCGAUCGUGACUUUGGCGUCAAUGCAUCGAUCACCUACUCGAUACUGAAGGGUCGUGACUCCGAUGGACACGGUAUGUUCACGAUCGAUCCCAUCACGGGGCUUAUCCGAACCAAGGCAUCGCUCGAUCACGAAGAGAAAACGAUCUACCGAUUGGCCGUGGCUGCUACCGAUGGCGGUAAGCCUCCCAGACAAACGGUUCGUCUUCUGAGGAUAGAAGUGCUAGAUUUGAAUGACAAUCGACCUACGUUCACGAGCUCCAGCUUGGUCUUUAGACUUCGAGAGGACGUUGGCGUAGGGCAUGUCAUUGGUUCGAUCAGUGGCAACGAACAAUCCGAUAUGGACAAUCUCAUCACCAGUUCGAAUGAUCUUCACAUCACUUACACGCUGACACCCCUAACAAACGACAUUGCGGAAGGUGCUUUCGACAUUGAUCGUAACUCCGGUAAGUUGGUUGUGGCGCGAUCACUCGAUCGCGAACAACAGAGCGAGUAUCGAAUGGAAAUCCGUGCGUUGGACACAAGUGCCAGCAACAAUCCGCAAAGCUCGGCCGUAACGGUGAAAAUUGAAAUUGCCGACGUGAACGAUAACCCGCCAAAGUGGCCCAGCGAUCCCAUGAACGUCUACAUUUCGGAAGAUGCCGCCGUUGGUUCGGUUGUGUUUAACUUCACGGCUACUGAUAGCGACUCGGGAACAAAUGCGGAGAUCAAGUACAACAUCACCAAGUCAGCAACAUCGCAGAAAGAGUUCUUCUCGAUCGAUUCGUUAACUGGAUCGUUGACUCUAUUGGCGCCACUGGAUUACGAAGAAACCAAAGAAUACCUGCUGAUCGUUCAAGCGACUGAUCAAUCUUCGAACGUUACCGAAAGGAUGACAACUUCGGCAACAGCUCGAGUCAUGGUCACCGAUGUCAAUGACAAUUCACCAAGGUUUGUAGUUCCACAAGCCCAGGACACAACUGUCUACAUAAGUGAUUCCCUAGAAGUGAAUCACAUUGUGUCACACGUGGUAGCUACGGAUCACGACAGUGGUGAAAAUGGCCGCGUAGUCUAUAAGAUCGUCAGCGGUAACGAUGACGAACGGUUUUUCAUCGAUCCAGACUCCGGUUUCGUCAAACUGGCGAAACCAUUCAGCAGCAACUUCAUUGCCGACAACUCCAAGAACUCGAUCACUGGUCGGUACAAUUUGGUGAUCAGCGCAACUGAUCAGGGUGUCCCUCGCUCCAAAGAAGCGAGAAUCACCAUCCAAGUUGUAAUCCAAAAUACGAGCAACAAUCCACCGAGGUUUUUGGAAUCCGUCUAUCACAUCAACAUUACGGAGAACGUCCCAACCGGCAGCUUCGUCGUUCGAGUUUCAGCCAAAUCUUACAAUGACAACGGUAACGCGAACCUUACCUACGAGAUUCCGAAAGGCGUGGGGGAUGAUCACUUUAUGGUUGACUCGGUACGAGGCAUCGUAACAACUCGGGGGACGUUCGAUCGCGAAUCCAAGGACAUGUAUACCGUGCCGAUCUACGUGACGGAGCAGAAUCGCUUCAAAAGUGCUGCUUCGGGAACGUCCAAAGAUAUGAGUCAGUUCGACGUCGCCACGCUGGUUGUGAGGAUCACCGAUGUGAACGAUCACGCUCCAGAGUUCCUUCCGGGGUCUUGUUAUCCCUUGGCCGUGCCGGAAAACAGCGAGCUGUCGGUAAUUCACACGGUCGUAGCUAGCGAUGCGGACGAAGGACUCAACGGCGAAAUCACGUACAGUAUUUCCGGAGGUAACAUCGGUAACAAGUUCAGCAUCGAUAUGAACACUGGAGCUCUAACAGCUCGCCCACUGGAUCGGGAAAUCCACGCGCGGUACGUUCUGCAGAUAACGGCACAAGAUCGAGGAUCACCAACGUCCCAUCAGGGUCAUUGCAACAUCACCAUCCGGGUCGAAGACGAAAACGACAAUGACCCAAAAUUUGAACUCCAGAAGUAUAUCGCAACGAUCGAUGAAGACGCCCCGAUCGGUACCACGGUGCUGACGGUGAAGGCUGUGGACUCAGAUAUCGGGAUCAACGCGAGGAUCAUCUACUCGUUGGCCAAUGUUACGGAAUGGCUGUUUGACAUUGACAGCAAAAGCGGAGUUGUUACGACGGCUGGAUAUUUCGAUCGUGAGCGGCAGAGUAUCUACAACUUCAUGGUGGUCGCAACGGAUGGCGGGCGUUACAACGCCCGCUCCCAGAGUGUCCAGGUGCAAGUGAUCAUCGCAGACGUCAACGAUAACAAACCGGUUUUCGACAAAUAUCCCUUCAAGGAACAAAUUGGAGCCUUGGUUCAACCGGGACAGACUCUGCUGCACAUCUCCGCCACCGACGUAGAUCAAGGUAGUAACGGAGAAAUCGUAUACAGCUUGAAUGACAACCCGAACAACGCCAAGUUCCGGAUAAAUCCAAACACGGGAGCUCUCAGCGCUACGCAAUCCCUGGCCAGUGAAAACGGGCGAUUGCUACACAUAGAGGUCACGGCCAGAGACAAAGGAAACCCUCCACAGGUUGCCACAGGAUUGAUCGAACUUCGUGUAGGUGAUCUUCAGCAAGAGCUCCCAGCCCUCAAGUUUCAGAAUAGCUCGUACAAAGUCAACCUGGUUGAAAACACUCCGAUCGGUCAAACGGUGCUUCACCUGAACGCAGUUCGCAGCGACGGUCGUCGACAGAAGAUCAUCUACAGUUUCGGAUCUGGCAACGAAGACGGGACGUUCUCGAUCGAUGCCGUUACCGGUGAGGUGAAGAUCCGUAACUCUCACAACCUGGAUUACGAACGGUUCAGCCGACUGAAUACGGAAGGUAUCGAUCUUGUUGCGGUUGCUCGAACGGAUGGAAGUCCUCUCCUAUACGGAUACUGCUCGAUCAAGGUGGUGCUCCAGGAUGAAAACGAUAACGCACCUCGGUUCACGCAACAGCAAUAUUCGGCUUCGGUUUGGGAAGGCAACAACAAAGGCGAAUUCGUGAUCAAGGUGAACGCCUUCGAUACCGAUCAAGGAUCGAACGCUCACAUUUUGUAUCACAUCGUGGAUGGCAAUCAUGACAAUGCCUUUAUUAUUGAGCCGGCAUUCAGCGGAAUCGUCAAGACAAACAUCGUGCUCGAUCGGGAAAUUCGCGACAAGUACAAACUGAAGGUGAUCGCUACCGACGAAGGAGUUCCGCAGAUGACCGGUACGGCGACGAUCAACGUUAAUGUGGUGGACGUGAACGACAACCAACCGACUUUCCCACCUAACAGUGUCAUCAGUGUUAGCGAAGCUACCACUGUAGGAACUGUCCUGACCUCGAUAACCGCAAACGACGUGGAUACCAACCCUCCGCUGACGUACAGCUUCGGAGACAGCCCGGACGAGGACGCCAAAUCGUACUUCUCGAUCGAUCGCUACAGUGGAAAAGUGAUCCUGAUCCGGCCCUUGGACUACGAAGCCCGUCACGAGUUCCAGCUGCGCAUCCUGGCAUCGGAUUCGGCACAUGUAGCCCGAACCCUACUAACGGUUCGGGUAACGGACGUCAACGACAAUCCACCGCAGUUCCAGCAGAUUACCUACCACGCUAUGUUGAACGACGACACGGACAGUAACAGCAACAUCGCAAUCAUCGCAGUCAACGCUACGGACAGUGACAGCGAGAACAACGCCGCCAUCCGGUACACGAUCAACCCUCCGUCGAUCGGUUUUGCGAUCGACGAGCUCACCGGGCAGCUGUUCGUCAACAUGAGCCAAGUGCACAAAACACGAUCCGGAACACUGUACCUCACGGUCACUGCAACGGACUCCGGUGUCCCUCCGCUCAGCUCAUCGACCACCGUUAGGCUAGAAAUGAAAUCUAAGAGUAAGGCUAACCCACAUUUCAUCCAGAACCAGUAUAGGCUAUCGAUCAACGAGGACGCACCGACGGGAAGCGUGAUCACGAACCUUAUCCCGAAGGCCAUCGCCGAGCAGAUCGAUGUGAGUUCGAGUAUUGCGUUCGAGAUCAUCGAUGGCAACGAGGAUAACUGUUUCGAGAUUUCCUACCCGUCGGGCGCAAUCCUCCUAGUUAAGACGCUCGAUCGCGAAACGAUCGAUUACUAUGAACUUCGUUUGGUCGUCACGGAGCCUGGUGCGUCGAUGAUGUACAAAGGUAUGAACAUGUCCUCGGCUAUCCGAGUGACGAUCACCGUGGAAGACGCCAAUGACAACGCGCCGCAAUUCCAACCGGGUCCGUAUGAGGUGGCGAUCAGCGAGACGGCACCGAUCAAGUACUCGAUCGGUCAAAUUUCCGCGGUCGAUGCCGAUCUGAUUAACUCGCCGAACUCCGAGGUGGUGUAUCAGAUCGUUUCCGGUAACGAUGGGGGAUGGUUCUCGAUUGACUUGAUCACGGGGCUGAUGUACAUCAACAAUAACCUGGACUACGAUCGUGGGCCAACGCAGUUUAAUUUAGUUAUUCGGGCGUGUGACAGUCACGUCCUUCCCAAAUGUAGCGUUCAUCCCUUCGUUAUCAAUCUGACCGAUGAGAAUGAUAAUGAACCGCAGUUCCCGGUUCCUGAAUAUCUGGAGUUUGUGGGAGAGAAUGAACCGAUCGGAAUCAGCAUUUUUACGGCUCGGGCGACGGACAUGGAUCGCGGGGAGUACGGCCGCGUAAACUACUCGAUCGAUAACGCGUUGAGUAGUGGUUAUUCGAGCAUCGACGACGGUUGGAAGCUGUUCAAGGUCGAUUCGGUUUCUGGGGUGAUCAACUCGAAUGCGGUGUUUGAUUACGAGGAGAAGAAUCGGUACUCGUUUACGCUACGAGCGACCGAUACGGGAGGGAAAUCGAAGACUGUGAAGGUUCGGAUUAUGAUCGAGAGCAGGGACGAGUUCAGUCCUCAGUUUACGGAGAGGACGUACAGGUUUAUACUGAAAACUCCUGAUACGGGGCAUCUUCCAGUGGGAUACGUAGUUGGGCACGUGACGGCUACCGAUCGUGAUCGAGGACCAGACGGAAGGAUAGUGUAUCAGUUGACUACUCAGCAUCCGUAUUUCAAGAUGAACAGAACAACGGGAGCCAUCUUGAUCAAGAAGAAGUUGGAUGACGUAGCGGCUUCUUUGGAGGCAGGCAGGGACAUAAGUUUGGUGGUGACGGCUAGUUCCGGACGUCAAGGAUCGCUCACGAACAUGACUGUAGUGGAGAUUUCGAUCGACACUCUCGGACACAUCAAGGGUAGUGGCGAAGGUGGUGGAGAAUACGGAAGCUCUGAGUCCGUAUCGGCGAGUAAUGGAUUGGCCAAUUGGGCGUUGGGCUUGUUGAUCUCCAUUUUGUUGGUGGUGAUCUGUGCCGCAUCCGUGUUCUUGUUCUUGCAUAUGAGAAACCGUCAACAGAAACAUGUGAACAAGUCAGGACUGAGCACGGAGUCCGUAGGACAUUCUAACAACUACGUAGAUCCUAGUGUUUUCGAUACUAUUCCGAUUAGAGGUAGCUCAAGUAAUACGAACAAUGCAGGACAGUUUGCUCCUCCCAAGUACGAUGAAAUUCCUCCGUACGGAAACAGUUCCAAUUCAGGCAAUGCCACAACUUCCGAAUUGUCUGGAUCAGAACAGUCGGGAUCAAGUGGACGAGGAUCGGCGGAAGAUGAUGGAGAAGACGAAGAAAUACGGAUGAUCAACGAAGGUGGACCACUUCAGAGAGAUGCCUUACAGCUGGACGGAAGGCUCUCGGAUGUUUCCGUACAAAAUACUCAGGAGUACUUGGCAAGACUGGGAAUAGUAGAUAACGCAACUACAGGUAAUGCCUCCAACUCCUCGAGGAGAUGUUCGGAGAGUAUAGGACUGGGUAGUUCCAAAGAUGCCAUGCUUCAUCACACUCUGCCGAUCGAUACGUUGCACAUGUUUGACGACGAACACCGGGAGUCGGAUUUGACCAACCUGAUCUACGCCAAACUGAACGACGUGACGAACAACAGCGAUCGAGCGAGUAGCGUAGAUGAAACAGUGACUAACGCUGGCAGUAUAGGAGCCGCUGUUGAUCACGUCAUGAUGGGCAACUACGGAGAUGUGCCGGUAGUCGGUGGACAGCAGGGCAUCUCCAUGAACGGUUCCCUAAGCUCAAUUGUACAUAGUGAAGAAGAACUAACGGGUAGUUACAACUGGGACUAUCUCCUUGAUUGGGGUCCACAGUACCAACCUUUGGCGCACGUCUUCUCGGAGAUUGCACGCCUCAAAGACGACACUCUCUCAGUCCACAGUGGAAACAGCGGGACAUCCAGUGCCAAGAGCAAAAACUCGCUCCACCACACCGUUAAGAACGUCCCGCCUCCGCUGUUGACCAACGUAGCUCCACGGUCUAUCAACGUUCCGGUAUUCUCCGCCAGGGGCACCAGUAGUCACCAUGGGCAACCUCCGAAUCAAUAUCUGCUGCCAAGAUCGCCCAUCAGUCACGACUCGGCAGCAGGCUUUAGUACAUCGUCAGCCAUGUCACCUAGCUUCUCCCCAUCCUUGUCUCCUCUGGCAACCCGGUCACCGUCGAUAUCUCCGCACGUGGUUUCGACCGGUGUUCCGACCUCCCAUCACAUGGUUUCACUUCCAAGGCCUCCGCAGCAAAGAGGCCAACGGAAACCUUACUGAAAUCCAUGCAUGCCUAGAGAUGUCCCGAAGUAAUCGAUUAAUCGAUCAUCGAAGUUGUGACAUCUCUAUCCGCACGUCAGAAGGAGUGACAUGGCUGUGUAGAUUUUUUUAGCGUGUAAAAGACUGUAAAUAAUACGAAUCAGUCCCCAUACGUGGCUACGCCACACAUACCUGUACAGUUAUUUCUUAGGUUUGUACAGUUCCACGUUUAGCAAAUUUUUAAUGAAAACAGAAACAAAUUUAGCUCGUAAGUUUUAAUCGAUUCACAACAAAGUGCCUUUUGACGUAUUAUACAAACUAGAUUGUAAAUAAAGAGAGAUUUUUUAGUGAAAAGUUUUAAAAUUGUACUGUGAGAAAAAAUAGCAUUUAGUUCCAACGGAACUGGACGGAUUUUGAACGAACCAUCGAAUUUUAACAUGCUUUUUUUCCGGUUACACGCAUAUAAGACUGUACAUAUCGUUUCUUGUUAAUAACUAGCGUACUUUUACUACAAUUCACACUUGAAAAAGAAUGAAAAACUGUAUUAAACUUGCCCCAGUAAGUAGGCAAAAAAGCGUGUAACAUAAGCCACGACAGGAUGUCAGCAUUUUUGCGAGGAAAAGACUGUGUUAAGCAAAUAGAGCUUUUCGCCUAAAGGAAAUAAGAGUGUACAACAAACCUUCCAAUUCAUCCCUUGUAAAGUAGUAAUUAUACUGAAAACAAAAAACUUAGAGCAUUUUAUCGUCGGCAAUCUAUUUCAUCGUUUGAAUCACCUGAAACGCAUGUCGUACUCAUUUUCAAAUUCCAAAACUAUCGAUCGAAUUUUGAAUGCAGUUCGAAAUUUGACUUAUUGUAUUUAUAUCAUAUUUACAUAAAGGCCAUAUGUAAGCAGUGAAAGCGAUAAAAGUUUUAAAAU